AUGGGUUACGUCCGCCCCUGUCUAUACAAAACUGGUAUAAGUGAGUAUCAAGAGAGUAUCGCACGUCUUGCCUACGAGUUGAUUCGUGACGAGCGUAUCCCGCGCUACGUCGCACACAACGGCUGCCGGCCCGUGUGGGGGCUUCCCCCCGAGGGAGUGAGGCAGCCCGAGCUGGAUGGCGCACCUUUCGAUGGAGAAAGAUUGUAC